UUGAACUCUGCAGGAGGAAAAGUAACUCUGUCACACUGUGUUACCAUUCGAGUGGAAGCAGAAAACAACAAUGGGAAGGCUCCUCCGAACCAAGAGUGACUAUGAAGAUCUCAGAAAUGCUCGCAUAUUACAAAACCAGGCUCGUUUGAAUUCGCUGGGAGUUCAUAAGACUCUCUCCGACCUCCACUCCAUUUCUUCAUCAGCAAAACCACCAAAGGCCCAUGUCAGAAAGCACUGCAAGAAGGUCUAUGAUCUCACCUCUUUGCGCCGAUCGGACCGAUUGAAGGGAACAGCUACCACUCUAGCAACAACAACAACGCCAAAUAAUACUUCAUCUCGACGAUCAAGGUUGACAGUAACAGAAGUGGGUGGAAGUGGAGAGAGUGAGGAGGGGAAUAAGAGGAGGCCUGCAAAUGCGCCUUUUGUGGAAGUAAAGGGUUCGGAGAUGCAGCUAGUUUCGUCUGAGUCUUGGGCUCGGCGUUGUGAUAGCAAGAGCCGCGGCAGUGUCUAUCAUUCUGUUUUCGGGAUUUGCUGCCAUUUUUGCAGGCAAAAGAAGUUGUGUGGUGAAGAAGAUUGCAAGCGAUGUGGUACUCUUGAUAUGGACCAACCUUGCAUUGGAAAAACAGAUUGUUCAGUUUGUCACUCUACCAAUGGUGUUCUUUGCCGGGGUUGUCUCAAGGUUAGGUAUGGUGAAGAAAUGGAGGAAGUGAGAGAAAACAAAGAUUGGAUGUGCCCACAUUGCAUAGAAGAAAAAGGAGUAAGACCUUACUGGAUAUGUAACAGCUCAUUCUGCAUGAAGAAGCGAAAGAUGGCUCCGACUGGGAUAGCAAUAUACAGAUGUCAGGAGAUGGGAUACAAGUCAGUGGCACAUCUGCUAAUGGAUGAACUUCAACGAAAAUGAAUCGACCUGGAGCAAUGUAACUGCUACAGUUUGUAUAACUGAUGUUUUAGGAAGAAACACUUGAUCUGCUAUAAAGUUUAUUGUAGUAGCUCUUUGCCUCAAUAUUAGAUGUAACAUGUAUUAGAUUAGAUCGGCGAGAUCCCUCGAACUUGGAUAAGACCUAAUGCUUUUGAAUACAUGCUUAGUAUGUUUGUGUAUGUUGAUUGGGUUGGUUUUAUACCAUGCUCGAUCUUGCACAAGAAAAUUGGAAAGAAGGAAAAGAAGUU